AUGGGAGGAACCAACAUGAGCUCCUUUAAAGGCUUUAUCCUAAAGGGUGUCUCUGACCAUCCUCAGCUGGAGAUGAUCUUUUUUGUAGCCAUCCUCUUCUCCUAUCUGUUAACUUUGAUGGGCAACUUGACCAUCAUCCUAAUAUCACGCUUGGAUGCCCGACUUCACACGCCCAUGUAUUUUUUCCUCAGCAAUCUCUCCUCCCUUGACCUUGCCUUUACCACCAGCUCAGUUCCUCAGAUGCUAAUGAAUCUGUGGGGCCCAGACAAAACCAUCAGCUAUGGUGGCUGUAUAACCCAGCUGUAUGUCUUCCUCUGGCUGGGUGCCACUGAGUGCAUUCUGUUGGUAGUGAUGGCAUUUGAUCGCUAUGUAGCUAUCUGCCGGCCCUUGCACUAUAUGACUAUCAUGAACCCUCGGCUUUGCUGGCAGUUAGCUGCCAUUGCUUGGCUAGGUGGCCUGGGUAACUCCCUGAUUCAGUCAACUUUCACUCUGCAGCUCCCACUGUGUGGACACCAGGAAGUAGAUAAUUUUCUCUGUGAAGUACCAGCUCUGAUCAAGUUGGCCUGUGGUGAUACAAACCUCAAUCAGGCUUUACUUAAUGGUGUCUGUGCCUUCUUUACUGCAGUGCCCCUGAGCAUCAUCCUCAUUUCCUAUGGCUACAUUGCCCGUGCUGUCCUGAAGAUUCCCUCAGCUGCAGGCCGACGAAAGGCCUUCAAUACUUGUGGCUCCCAUCUGAUAGUAGUAUUCCUGUUCUAUGGCUCAGCCAUUUAUGCCUACCUACUGCCAGCCAAGAGUAGCUCCCAAGACCGGGGCAAGUUCAUCUCUUUAUUUUAUUCAGUAGUUACACCCAUGGUGAAUCCCCUAAUCUACACUCUGAGAAACAAGGAGGUGAAGGGGGCACUAAGGAGAUUGUUGGGAAAAGGGAGGGAGCAAGGAUAAGGGAAGGAAUAAAUAGGGCACUAUAUCUUUCUUCUGUUUUGUAUCUCUUUCUCCCUGUGUGUCUUUCUCUCUGCCUCUCUGUUUCUCCUUGUCACUGUCCAUCUGGGUCUCUGUGGCUGUCUCUGUCUUUCUCUCUCAUCAGAUCUACUUUUGUAAAACUGAUCUAUGAUCAGCUUAAGUUUACAAUGUGGCAAGACUUUGAUUGAGACUUUGCAUCUCAUCAACUGACCUGCAGACUCCUGUGAUUCAAAGCCACCCCUUUGCACUAGACUUAUCAAGAGAAGGGAAUCAGCUAUAGAGUCAAUCUUUUUUGCUUUUUUUCCUUUCACUUCUCAGGUUGAUCAGAGACUUGAGAACAGAUUUUGGCCUGUGCAGAUGGAAAAUUUUCCACCCCUGAGCUACAUUCCCCACUGAUGGAGUAUGGCAAAUUUUCCACCUGCACAGGCCCCUUUGUGACAUAACCCCAAAGAGAAUGACUAACAACCCCACCCCCAACCUUAGUCCACAAACUGUAGCAACCAAGGGCACUGGUAGAGCAGCAAGAGUCCAUGUUCCUGGACUCUGGUGCAUCACAGCCCUGAAGAGGCAGCAGCACAGAUAUAUUCAACACAAGCCCCUGGAGGGGAAAGUGCUAGCUAUGGUAACAAGAGAAUGAAAAGAAUUU